AUGCGGCGUAUACCGGAGUUACCCUAUUUUUUAUAUUUUAAUCUCUUUAUCAAAGAAAGUAUUGGAUUCAAGGUACUCGCUUUAGUGACGUUACGUGGCGAUUUUGAUGCAAUUAUCGAGUGUAUACCACCGCUUAUGAUAGACUUCGUGUGCGUCACUAAGCUGGUGAAUUUAGCGUGCAAUAUAGAGAAGAUCAAAAUACUUCUUAUACAUAUACAAAGGGAUUGGCGAUCAUGGACUAUCAAAAGUGAAUUCGAAAUUUUGCAUAGAUUUGCGGAGAGUGGAAGAAGCAUUACCGUCGCUUAUGCCGGUGGUAUGUAUGCGUUUGGUAGUCUUUUUCCGUUUCUCGCAAUAAUCCCGAAAAUAAUCGGCAAAAACGUAACUUCUGAAUAUUCGACGCGGCCAGUGGGAUUUCCAUAUCAUGUGGAAUACUACGUAGAUCUCGAUAAAUACUACUAUCCCGUACUGAUUCAUAAUUACUUAACUACUGCUAUUCGUCUUACUACCCUAGUCGCGACCGAUACCUUCGUGACUAUUCUGGUGCAACAUUGUUGCGCACUGUUUUCAGUCGUCAGAUAUCGAUUAGAAUAUAUACGAAAGUCCAUCGAACAAGAUAAGGAACUCGCUUUACUCGAGGAAGAUGAUAAGUUUUACAAAAAUUUCACAUAUUGUAUACAAAAACACAAAGACGUCUUACGAUUCGCGAGAUGCUUGGAUGCUAUUUACACAAAAGCUUUUUUCUUCGAAGUCGGUUUAAUCAUAUUGGCGAUGACUUUGUCGGCUCUACAGGCGACUACUAGGACUCUCAAUCCACACCUUGCAAUCCGGCAUGCCUCGUACAUUACCGCUCAAUUACUGCAUUUAUAUAUCGUGUGCUGGUUAGGGCAGCAAGUAAUCGAUCAUAGCGGUCGUGUGUACACAUCGACUUACCAAGGUGAAUGGUAUGAAUCAUCGGCUAAAUCCAGAAAGCUCCUGAAUAUGAUAAUGCUGAGAAGUAUUUCACCUUGUACGUUGACUGUUGGAAAAAUCAUGAUUCUUUCUUUUCCGAGUUUCAGCGCGGUGAUAAAUAACGUGCAAGACGUUGAUCGACUUGUAAAACUCAUUGCUUAUCUAAAUGGAAUUUUAUUUACCAUAUUCUUUGUAAAUUGGCAGGGUCAGAAAGUCAUAGAUUCCAGCGAGAAAGUGUUCGAAUCUGCAUAUAAUACUGAAUGGUAUAGUAUGCCUAUAGCAGCAAGAAAGCUUCUUAUAAUGAUAAUGAUGAGAAGUGAAAAACCAUUGGGACUGAGAAUGGGUAAAAUCGUUGUAUUGUCAUAUAUAACUUUUAAUACAGUAUUACGUACGUCAUCGUCAUACUUUAUGCUACUACGGUCUUUGUAA